GUUUAGGCUCCUAAAAAUUCGAAAAGGGAUAACUGAGUUUAUUCCAUUGUAAAAUUCAAAACACCUAAAUAUUUACUGGCGUUUCUUGUGUCAAAUAAAACAUAAAAUUCGUUGCAAAAUGGCGCGUGCAGCUCUGUGCAUGGCCGUCGCUUGCAUUUUCUUGCAAUGCGUCUACUCUGCUAAGUUCGAUGAGCAGAACCGUCGUCUAAUUCUCGACAUUGACGACCAAAAGACAACGAACCGUCAGUACUAUUCGUCAAACAUUGACACAAAUGCCUAUCGGUAUGGCUACGAUGUCGGCAAGACCGGCAACUUCCAUCACGAGACCCGCGGUCCCGAUGGAGUUACCUACGGCUGCUACGGCCUGAUCGACCCCUACCACCUCCUCCGGGCAACACACUACGUGGCCGAUGCCCACGGCUACCGCACCGUGGAGCCGGAGAAGCCAGUGGAGACCUUCCCGCCACAUCUGUACAGCGAGACCAACGGUGGUCCAUCCGAGCCUGGCAUUGUGCUGCAGUGGGAGGAGCUGUACUUCCCCAUCGGAUGUGGAAAGUUCGCGAAUGGCGCCCAGCAUGGCGUCCCAUUCUUCCUAGAUGAUUUUAAGAACAAAGGCGGCAGCAACGAUGCGAUACCAUCGUUCUCAGCCAACACAAUUGUGAUCAAGGGCUCCGACCAGAAGAGUCUGCCCAUCCACAAGCCCACUGGUCCACUGGUGCCGCAGGGCACGGGGAUCUUUGGCACGGACAAGGGUCAUUCGGAUCUCAGCCAUCCCGGCGAUCAGGCGCCGUCCUUCCAUUCGGUGAACACCCUGCUACCGGGCAGCAACAAUGAUGGCCAGUACGUGCCGGAUAGUAAUCCCUAUGUGCAUGUGAUUGGACCCAAUGGCGGAAAUGGAGGCAAUGGAGGCAGCGGCUCUGGCGGCGGUUUCGGUGGAAACGGAGGAUUUGGAGGCGUUGGCGGUUUCGGACCCAAUGGCCCGGGUGGCCCGAAUGGACCAAAGGGACCCAAGGGUCCUCCGGGACCACCGGGACCACCUGGCGGCCUGGGUCCGGUCGGCGCGGGAGGAGGAGCCUCAGGAAAACCGGUCUACAAGGAUGGCGACCGUACUGGCCUGGGCGGCGGUUCCGGAAUCGGUUCCGGUGAUCUCAUCAGCACCGGAAACGGUGGCGGUGCCGGUGCCGGCGAUCGUUAUAUCAGCGGAAACGGAGGCGGCGUCGGUGCCGGCGACCGUUAUGUCACCGGAAACGGUGGCGGCGUCAGUGCUGGCGACCGUUACACCACCGGAAACGGUGGUGCCGCCGGCUCUGGCGAUCGUUAUACCGCCGGAAACGGCGGUCGCUAUACCACCGGAAACGGUGGCGCUGUUGGUGACGAUCGCACGGGCGCGGGUGCCGCCAGCGGUUUCGGAAUCGAAGCCAGUGGCCAGUAUCGCCCGGAUAAUGAGGGAACCUACACGAGCACCUACACGCACACAGAGACCGGUUUUCCUGGGGCCAUUCCAUACACUCCAGAUAACGGUAAAUAUAAUGGCAACGGCGGACGCUAUAACGGUAUUAACGAUGGUCGGUAUUAUCACGAUGAUUCGGGCAAAUAUGUUCACGUUGAAGGCCCCACUGGACCACCGGCACCCCCAUAUGUCCACGUUGUUGGACCCGAGGGCGGAUACGGCGGAAAUGGCGGCAAGGGAGACGGCGGCGGCGUAGGCCCCGGAGGCCCAGGCGGACCUAAAGGACCUGGCGGCCCCAAGGGACCCAACGGACCCCCCGGCCCACCUGGACCACCCGGACCACCUGGACCUCCCGGACCCAAGGGACCCACUAAGCCUGGACCUUUCGGACCCCCGGGACCUCCCGGCCCACCUGGACCCACUCGUCCUGGACCAUACGGACCUCCCGGACCACCCGGACCCCCCGGUCCCACUCGUCCCGGCCCACCAGGACCCUCUCCCAACGAUCCUCGUUACUCGGACAAGGAGACGCCCGGCUAUCUGCCACCAAACCAACCGGGUAAAAUCUCGAAACCACCUCCAUCCUACUCACAAGUCAUUGAAAUUGAACCACCAAAAACAGUCUAUAAGCCGAAUUACGAACAAAAUAAUGAUUAUGCUAUUAAGAAACCAUCCGUAACGACAAAGCCACCACUAACAUAUAUUCCUCCUUCUUUCCCCAACACUCCAAAACCCUAUGUUCCCGCUCCCGUUCCCGCUCCUCAACCGCCAUCCCAAAAAAUAACCACGACGAUCGUACAGCCAAAGGUCCCGGCUAUCACUAUUGAGAAGGAUAAGCCACUUAAGAGCGUUACCACACCGCCAGUGACAACGGGUAAUAUUGAAAACCACACUUACUUGCCACCACCACCGCCGACUCCUAAAUACGUGACCAAGACCAAGACCCCGACUCCACUUCCGGUGCCCACUCCGGCUCCGAUUCCGAUCCGAUACGAACCCUCGACACCACGACCCUUCGAAAAGGUGGUGACCAAGCCGCCGCAGAUCCAAUACCAUACGCCACAGGUGCCCGCCGUGGUGGUGCCCAAACAACCCGUGACCGUUCCGUACAAACCCGUGACCCGACCUCCUACCGUUUACGUUGAACCCAAAGUAACGCCACGUCCCUCUCCCCCAUUGCAUGUGCCAUCGAUCAGCGAUCAGUCCUGUGUUUGUAACGCCGAUAAGACGCACUCAUCGAAAAGCACCCUUACCUCAACCACAACCACCACCACCACGAACUCCUAUCCCAAUCCCGCCUCCGUUGACUUUAAUAAACAAUUUUCCGGCUUCAAUGGACAAGCAAACUUCGGCAGCAUAAUAAACGCCAUGUCACUGACCCAAUUGCCGGUGAUACCUCAGGCCCCAGGACAGCCGGCCUUCUAUCCGCCGGACAAGAUUCCCAAGGGAGCCGUUAUCGCCCUAAUGCCCGUUGUCAUCCUGCCUCAGGAGUACUACUCGAACUGUGAGGAGAACUCAAUUAACCAACCCACGAACAUCGAUUCCUUCCCGCUGGGCGUUCAGCCUGGUGUAUCCUUCAGCCUCCACUCGGUGCUGACGGGUUCGGCGCCCAAGGAUCAGUGCAUGUGCCCAUGCUCGUGCACCCAGAAUCUGCCCAACAGACUACACAAGAAACGCGAAGCCACCGAUGCUGAGGCUCCCCUCGAUGUCAAGGCUUCCGAACCCGUGGCCGCCGGCUCCGAAGAGGUGAAGACCCUGGUCGAACCCGUGCCAGCCGCCGCUGAAGAGGUAAAAACCCUGGCCGAACCCGUGCCAGCCGCCUCCGAAGUGUCCAAGGCUGAGGUCGAACCAGCAGUCGCCGCUUCCGAGGAGGUUAAAGUAGCGGUGGAACCCAAGCCCGCAGCAUCCGAAGAGGUUAAGGCACCGGCUGAACCCGUUCCAGCAGCCUCCGAGGAAGUGAAAGUGAAAGUUGAGCCCGAAGCAGAAAAAGUCCUGGCUGACCCCAAACCCGAAACCAAGGUGACUAGUGAGACGAACUGAGACCAGGACGAGAGGACAAUCCAAUUCCCCUCCCAGAUCCCGCUUGAAUCUUAUCCCAACCUCGAUCCUACCUCCUUCCCGAACAACUAAACCUAGUCUAAGUGUUUUUAGUGUCUGCCAGGCAGGGCCAACCAGCAUUUAAGAAGCGUUAAUCGAAUGGAGAACCCAGUUAAUGUGUUCGCUUACUUGAGUUAAAUUUCGAAAUCGAUGUUAAACAGUUUUGGUAAAUGCACUCCAAACCGCCUGUCCACGAUGAGUUUCGGAGCUCUCUCUAAUGUAAUAUCUCCUUCAAAUUCUAUUUGUAAUCUAAACAUUUCCUGCAGAGAGCACUGUAAAUUGGCAAAAAAAAGAGAAAAUUGUUUUGUGACAUGUUGUUUAUUAUGCAUUUGUGUAUGCUUUUUAUUUUUUUAUGAUUUUGUUCACUUUUAUUUCUUUAUGAUUUUUAUCAACUUUAGUUCUUAGUUUAUUUAAUGUCUACUCUAAUCACGAUUGAGACGGAAUAAUGAAUUGUUAUGUCAAAAGA